UUGUAUUGGCUUCCAACGACGCGCGAGCGGCGAACACCGAAACUUCCAUUAACUCGGGAAACCGAAGUUUGUGACAGAGACCCCAGAGAGUUCCGUAUAUCGUUCCACGCUGAAGAUGGGGGAAUUGGAUCCGUUGUUCACGAAGGCCUUGAGACUGCUCCAUUCGCGUCCCAGGGAGUCGGUCGAUCAGCUGGCACAGCUCAUAGAAGACGUCGUAGCUCAGAAACAUGGUCCGCAAGCUCAAGCAACCAUUUUAGCCGCAAUCAAAAUAAAUCCCCCAGGCAAAGCCGUUGCCUCCGCAACAAGAACCGACGAACGCAAGAAAUCCAAUAGUUCUUCGUCUUCCUCCUCCUCAACGGAGAAACGUGAUAAGAUGAAAGACUUCAUGAAGAAAAAAUCCUCGAGCGCUUCAUCCUCGUCUUCUAUGCCGAGCUCGCCGUCGCACAAAGUUUCUUCCAAGCCUUCUUCCAGCUCAUCUUCCUCGUCUACCAAGGCUAAAUGA